AUGUCGAAACCCAUCGAAAACAAAGAAGUGAGAGAGUAUCAAAUUAUUUACAUGGUUUUUCGUUUUAGCACCCUUAUAGACUUUAUGUUGUGCGGGUUCCUUUCCGCCAACCAGUCGAAGAGUAUGUGAGUUUUUUUUUUGUUCUAAGAAAUCAAUCUGUGACUAAAAAUAGGGGUUCGAUGCCGACCCUCGCCGUCACCGACAUGGACGCUCAAUAGUAGAUGCGACGGAUCCAAGGAUGAAAGAUAUUUCAAAAACAGAAUUUGACGCUCUUUUUCCUGUUCUUGGAGAAGAAAAGCCGAUUCCAUAUCGAGUUCUCGAAGUGGAAGUCCCCCCUCGAACAGCGGUUUUGAAGUUUGUAAGUGUGACGCUUUUAUUUUCUGACAUUUUGUGAACCAAAACAGCCCCAAAAUGACCCAAGGAGAGCCGUGUACAGCCGUGAAAAUAGACAAGAAAAGACGGUCGGCAGACCGAUUAGCUCCAAGCGACGCGACAAAAUGCAAAAACGGCCGAAAAGCAGGGAGAUUCACGGUAGACGUUCUUACAGAAGAUCUCAAGUUUACGAAGUAAGUUUUUUUUAAUAUCAAAAAUUUGCUGCUUUCUUCCAGAAAAAAAUCUGA